AUGACGGAGGCCCAGGAGGGCGAGAGGAGCUUCCUGCACACCAGGGAGACUUUUGUAGUAGUAGUGGGCUCCAGCAGAAGAGCAGUGAGCCGAGUGACCACAGUGGCUAACAAGAUACUGGUGGCCAUGGGUCCCUAUGGGCAGUUCCAGCCCAGCUGCUCCCACUGUCUGAAGAUGGGCUUUGUCAUGCGUUUUGCUGUGGGCAUGGAGGCUAGGGUGCUGUAUGGCAGGUACCUUCUUCUGUCUCAGGAGGAGAAUAUGGGAUUGGAGCCAAUGGAUGCCUUUGGGAAAACCAUGAUGCAGAAUGGCAGCACCUUCGGUACAUUUAUGGCCAUUGGAAUGGGCAAAGGAUGGGCAGUGUUUGCCUGCUACAGCUAUACUUUCCCAUCCAUUUCAACCCUUGUAUAA